AUGCUGAAACAGGAAAAACAGGCUGAUAUACUGAAACAGGUGAAACAGGCUGGUAUACUGAAACAGGAAAAACAGGCUGAUAUGCCAAAACAGGUGAAACAGGCUGGUAUACUGAAACAGGAAAAACAGGCUGAUAUGCCGAAACAGAUGAAACAGGCUGAUAGACUGAAACAGGUGAAACAGGCAGGUAUACUGAAACAGGUGAAACAGGCUGGUAUACUGAAACCGGUGAAACAGGCUGAUAUACUGAAACAGGAAAAACAGGCUGAUAUGCUGAAACAGGUGAAACAGGCUGAUAGACUGAAACAGGUGAAACAGGCAGGUAUACUGAAACAGGUGAAACAGGCAGGUAUACUGAAACCGGUGAAACAGGCUGGUAUACUGAAACAGGUGAAACAGGCUGAUAUACAGAAACAGGUGAAACAGGCUGGUAUACUGAAACAGGAAAAACAGGCUGAUAUACUGAAACAGGUGAAACAGGCUAGUAUACUGAAACAGGUGAAACAGGCUGAUAUACUGAAACAGGAAAAACAGGCUGAUAUACUGAAACAGGUGAAAUAG